AUGGAUGACCCAUUGCUUAUCAAAAUUGCCCAAGCUUUCGAUGUGGAUCGCGAUACGUUUUCCUCCAUUGUACAUGGAUUCAAAAUCGAGUGUGAAAACGGUCUCACCGGUGCAUCGCCAUCAAUAAUGAUUCCAUCAUUUGUUACUCGCAUGCCGACAGGUUCUGAAACGGGCACAUUUUUAUCACUCGACCUUGGUGGAAGCAAUUUACGAGUGGCAGCUGUAGAGCUUCAAGGCAAUAGCCAAGUUCUUGUUACCGAAGUCAAACGUCCCAUCACCGAUACGCAGCGUACCACGUCAGCUGAUGAGUUCUUUGAUUGGAUUGCAGAUGCUGUGCAAGAGCUCUUCAAUAUGAGGAAUUUGCAUAACCAGGGAUCUACACUAGCCAUGGGUGUUUGUUGGAGUUUUCCACUAGAUCAAACAGAUAUCAAAUCAGGCAGAAUCCUACGCAUGGGAAAAGGCUUUGUGCUCGAUGGGGUGGAUGACCAGGACCUAGCUACGCUUUUUCAUCAAGCAUUUAAAAGAAAAGGUCUCAACAUUGAAGUUGUGGCAGUGCUAAAUGACACCGUAGGGACAUUAGUAGCCCAUGCGUAUACCAACCCCGGAGCUGCUAUUGGAUACAUCUAUGGUACAGGUGUCAAUGCUGCCUAUGGAGAGAAAAAGUCGCGAAUUACCAAGCUUGAUAAAAGCAAAGGCAACGAUGGCAUCAUGCUCAUCAACACCGAAAUCGAUCUCUUUGGCGACGAAUCGUACCUUCCACGCACACGCUUUGACCGGCUUUUGGAUAAUAGCCAUUCACAACAGGGGUAUCAGCUAUAUGAAAAAAUGACCUCUGGUGCCUAUCUCGGUGAGCUUACAAGAUUAAUCGCUAUCGAGGUGAUCUCAUCAGGCGAGGAAGAUGAUGGUCGCCUUUUCAAUGGAAGCGUUCCAUCCAAAUUAGCCAAGCCAUGGGGAUUCACAACAUCGAUGAUGGGAUCCAUAGAAAGCAUGGGUGACCAAGAAGACCUUGUAUCACUUGUUGGUAGAAUAGGUGAAUACCUAGGUUGUGUCCACGAUCCACGAGUACAAGACGUACUGCGAUUUGUCACUAUAUGUCGUCUCGUAUCAUCUCGUGCAGCCACUCUUGCAGCGGCAUCUUUGGCUGCCAUCAUUGAGCAGCAACCGGAUUUGCUUUCAAGUCAAGGACCAAUUAUCAUUGGUGUUAACGGAUCCACCUUUGAAAAAUACCCACACAUGAAGCAGCGCAUCCACAGGGAAUUAUGCAAAUGGUUUGGUGAAGCAAUAGGUGCUCGUAUACAGAUUGAUGUGGCACGUGAUGGUGGCUCUGUGGGUGGUGCAUUAAUUGCAAUGCUUUAUUCAACCAAGCAUCAACAUGGCAAUUUCAGAUCAUGGUUUUGUAUUCCUCCAUGGAACGUUAAGCAAAAGUAUCUCAAGAAGAUCCGGAAGCUGGUUAGCAAAUUGUCAGCAUCGUCUACUGCUAAAAGAUCGCCUGCAAUCUCUAGUAAUGAAAAGACAUUAUCUUAA